CAUCUUCCUAUCUGUCUUUCUCUCCUACCCUUUCUUCUUCAACAAUCAAAGCAAACCACCACAGAAAAGAAAAAAAAAACAGCUUCGUGAUCGUAAUCAUCCUCCGAAAAAUCUACAAUGGGGAUCGUCGUCAAGUCAUUCAAAGAUCAAUUCUCCGCUGAUGAGAGAUUGAAAGAGUCGAGCAACAUCAUUUCCAAAUAUCCAGAUAGAGUUCCGGUAAUUAUUGAGAAAUAUUCAAAUGCAGACCUCCCUGACAUGGAGAAGAGCAAGUUCUUGGUCCCACGAGACAUGACUGUUGGACAUUUCAUUCACAUGCUAAGCACUAGGCUAGAGUUAGAUCCAUCUAAAGCUCUGUUUGUUUUUGUACAGAACACACUUCCUCAAACAGCUGCUCGCAUGGACUCCUUGUACAAUACUUUCAAGGAAGAAGAUGGUUUCUUGUACAUGACUUACAGCACCGAGAAGACAUUCGGCUAACCCAACAAAAAAACAAAAAAAGAUUCGUUGCUUUAAUAUUUGAAAAGCUCGUUUUCUGAAUAAUCCGUUUGUUUCAUUCAUAUUUGUGUGAAUAAAUGAAUGUCAGCUCUUGUUGUUGCUGUUGUUAAUUAGCUGACCUUUGUACAGAAAAGCUAAAAAAAAAUUUGACUUUGUAAAUCGUAUUCAAUAAUAAAACUAUGUGAUGAUAUGAUUCACACGAAACUC